AUGCUGGAGCCGGUGCCGUUUCGGUGUCUGGUUCCCGCCGAAGCAGCAGAGCUCUUUGUGGGAGAGGAUGGCAUGGCGGUUGGACGAGUGGCUCACGCGUCCGGGGCCAACAUCUCCGUGUCCGAUGAUGGAAACACCCCUCCAUCUCUGACCGAUCGGAUUGUGACGGUCCGGGGUACCCAGCAGGCGCAACAGGCGGCCUGUCGGCUGAUUAUCGAGCGCUUCUACGAAGCCCAGAAGGUGCAAGGUGAAGACAUUGGUGUCUUCAUUCUGCUAGUGCCCUCUGCGCUGGCCACUACCAUGGGCUCAGAUGGAACUCUCAGCAAAAUUAUGGAGCUAUCGGGCGCUGAGCUUGCUGUCCAGGAAGCCAUCACUGGAACCGAAGACCGGCCAGUUCGAAUCGUGGGCAGUUUCGAGGCAACGGUGUUAGCCGCCACGCGUCUCGGCGCCUGGGUCCAGGUCCUAACUUGGAGGGCUGCGCAGGCCUCCAACGACUCGGCAGGUCCUCCUGAAAAUGAGGAGGGCUGCCACGUCGUCGCCGAGGACGUUCCAAGCAUGCACCAACAUGGAUCAGGUGUCCCGACAGCUGCGGACAGUCAGCCUGACCCCGAGCAGCCGGACGCUGAAGAGCCAGCGACCGGGCUUCUCGACACUGAGCCACAUCCAGAGCAGCCAGACGCAGAGCAGCCAAGCACAGAGCAGCCGAACACGGAGCAGCAAGAAGCAGAGCUGCCCGCGGCAGAGCAGCCUGAAGAGGAGCAGCCGGAAGCAGAGCAGCCCUCAGCACAGCAACUCCACUCAGAGAUGCAAGGCGGAGAGCAGCCAGAAGAGCAGCUCGAUGAGCAGCCUGAUGUCCACCCGCAUGCCGGGCUUGCGCGGCAGCCUGAAGAGCAGCCUGAUGAGGAGGAGCCAGCCGAGGGUGAAGUGGCGGAGCCUUCUGAGACGCGGCUCGGGGAGCUGGUCCAAACCGCAGGGCCGGAGGAGGUCUCGCCCAGACCAGAUGCCUCGAGCCCCGAUGCAGAGGAGAUAUCGUCGCCCGAGCCUGCGGCUGGGUCCAAUUUUCAUUCCCCGUCGCGAAGGAGCUCAGCGCUACCGUGCAGGUGCCUGGCUCCCGCCCACGCUGUCGACCUGUUGAUAGGCUUCGAUGGCGAGGGUGCCGCAGAAGUGCUGCAGAAAACAGGGGCGCACAUCUCUGUCCUGGAUGAAGAGGAUAUCCCAGAAUCCCUCAGCGAUCAAAUCGUGGUCAUUGAGGGCGACUUGCAGGGACAGGUGCUGGCGUCCCGGUGCGUGGUAGAGACGCUCUUCCAGGUUCAGGGAAUCGGCGACAAGGAGCAAGGUCUCUUUGUGAUGCUGGUCCCAGCUUCUCACUACGGUGCUGUGGCUGAGAAGGUGACGGCGCUAAGUGAGCAAACAGGGGCGGACCUCGUCCUUGAGGAGGAGGAGAUUGAAGGUCUGGAGGACCAUCCGUUGCAGAUCGUGGGCCCCGUCAUGGAGCCGAGCUGA